CUAAUGCUGGGUCCGGUUUACUUUCUUCUUCAGCCAUUGCAGAACUAAAUUCUCUUUCCCUUGUGUGCAACCUGAGAGGUAAAAAAACAGUUGGGUCUUCACUCUGCGUGUAUCAUGUGAACAGACCAAAAAUACCCCCUAGACACUUCGGAGGGGGCUCUCUGGCAGUGCGGCUUCAGAUCUCUAGCUCUGAGCUUGCGACACAGCUAACCACUAAACAGAGCUAAUGGCAAAUUAGCAAGACAAAUAUCAAGGAAGAAGACCUAUUGCCACAUUGAAGAGGAACGUGGAAGAACAGCAUUCAUAUUAUUGCAGUUUUCCAUUCCCUGGAGCAAGCAUGGCCUCUGGUACAACGUUACAAGGCCCGGCAUGUUCAACGCUGGGAUCUGAUGACUACAGUCUUUACAGUGGCCUCUCGGAAGAGGAGCUGCUUGAGCUUGCUAUCGAACGCAGUCUGGCUGACAGUAAUGCAGCCAAUGCCCAGGUCGCGUCAAGCAGCAAAACUGCAAUGCAAAGGCAGCCAAGCCAAUCCGCCAGGCAGCAUGUUCAAGCUGCUGACCAAGAAGUGAUCCCUCCCACAGCAAACCCACCUGGGCUUGUAGGAGCAACUAGAAGCAGUUACGUCACCCGAGAUGGCCAGAGGAUGGUGGCCUGGCGGCGAUAUGAUGGCACCCUCGUCAUGCCAGAACCCGAAGAGGAGGAGAACCCAGUGAUCAGAGCUAUCUCAGCUGAUGAUGUGAAGACUGUGAAGGAAAUGGCAAAGUCUGAUCUGGAGAGUCUGACCCAACCCAACAAGGACGGCUGGCUGGCAUUGCAUGAGGCUGCUUACUAUGGAUCACUGGACUGCUUGGCUGUCCUGCUGAGAGUUCAUACUGGAAUGAUCAACAAGCGCACCCCGAGGGAGCAGACCCCACUGUUCCUGGCAGUCUCCAGGGACAAGUUGUCCUGUGCACGUCACCUCCUGGAAAACGGAGCUGACCCUGACCUUGCUAAUAAAGACCGGGAGACGCCCCUGUUCAAAGCAUGUGAGCAGGAAAACGUGAAAAUGGUGGAGCUGAUUUUGAAGUUCGGUGGCGGGGUGAACAAAAUCUGCAUCCAGGGCUGGACAGCGCUUCAUGAAGCAGUCUGCCGGAACAACCUGCAAAUCUGUGAGAUGCUGGUGGAGGCUGGGGCCAAGGUCGGCACCCCCAACAUGUACGGCAUCACUCCCCUCUUUGUGGCAGCCCAGUGUGGCCGUGUGGAGGCCCUGCGCUUCCUCAUCAAAAGUGGUGAGCAUCGGGAUAAACCAAAAAUUCCUCACUAUCACAAUUCACUUUAUUGGCCAGGCCCACUGACAUGUACUAGGAAUUCAUCUUGGCAGUACUGAUACAUGCAUUAAACAUAAAUGUAAAAAAAAAUUAAAAGAAGAUUUUCAAUUAAAAGUA